UGUUUAGUUGUGCACCACCCACAUGUGAUACAAAUGUACCAAAACUGGUUGGUCCAUUUUUGUUUAAAUUGGUAAAUUUGUUUAAAUAUUGGUACACAUUUUUUUCUGGUCCUGGGACCUGGUUUGUGAAUUUGAGCAAAUUUCAAACGACGAUGUAGCCAAGUGUUUAACCAGUGACCGAUGGCGAUUGCUAAAUCUAAUUUCAUUACUUGCAGUCGCUACGAUUCGUAUACCAAAAGUGAAAGCUGCUUCUUUCGGCAGGAGUUGGCAGAGUUAUGGCUAAAUAUUCGCUUUUGAAUUGGCCCGCACAAAGCAACCCGAAGCUGUGGCCACUUCUCACGGUUGCAACUUCUGGUAAGUCAAGUGCUUUGCCUUGUAAUAUAUCGUACGCGGCAUAAAUUAAAUUAUAUAUUCUUUACUUGCAGCUCUUGGUUACUUGUUAAGCCCAUAACAAAAUUACAGACAAAUUAGGAAGAGGCAGCAGUAAAUCGUAUAAUAUAAAACAAAAGGCUUUUAAGUCAAGCGACAGCAUUUCAUUUGGUGUGGCAGUGCAACGUGAGUGCAACGGAUCGACUGACAACCAAUGUGCAGCUCCUAGUGCCCGCUGAGACAGACGCCGCUGCACUGCCGCUGCAAACUGCAUGCGGCAUACACAUGAAGUGUUACAACAUGACAGAUCCAUCCAUAGGCUCAUCAUCGCCGCACUGGGCCAAUCUCAUCUCCAGCAACAACAUGCCGACUUUUGUAAUCGAGUCGACGCCACAUAAUGUGACCUACAAUGUGCCGUUGGUGCCGCCAGCGGCAGCGCAGCAAUUGCCGCUGCUCAUGAGCGGCCAAAUGUCGCCCUAUGCGCCCGUAUUCCAUCCCAUGGGCUCGUAUGCCUCGCAUCUGAUGGCGCUGGAGCAGGCGGCGCAGAUAAAUCCAGUGCCGGCGCCACCGCCACCACCACGCCCCAUGGAUCCAAACCUAGAGGAUUUCUACGAUCGUGCGCCAAUAUCAGAGAUAUUGCUGUACAAUGGGCAACCGCCAGCGCAUGUGCAAACAUUUCUAUACCCCGUUGAGGCGAAUCUCAAUCUAAUGCCGCAGCAGCAGCCGCAGCAGCAGCAGCCGCCGGUGGCAGCCGGACCGAUACGUGGUCCAUGGUGGUCCGAGCAGCACGUAGAGCAGCAAUCGCAAGUCUUGGCUCCCCCCACACCGACAGCCUCACCCACAUUUGAGGGCUGGCGUCAUGCGCACAAACAGUCCAUGGAUGUGGCCAAGACUCUGGCGGCUGCGCAGCACAUCCCAGUGUUUAUCCCUUGUCAGCAUUCAACAGCAGCUAAAAUAGCGCGAGAGUUUUGGCCGGAAAUGUUGAGAGAGGAGCAAGUGGAGUCCACAGCAGUUGCGGGGACUUCAACAUGCAACAGCAACAGCAACAACAGCGACGACAACGACAGCAACAACAACAGCAAUAAUAAUAACAACGACGACAACAACAACGAAGACAACAACAACGACGACGACGACGACGACAACAGCGAGGAGCUUUGGCAAAAUGUUGAUCAACUGUUGGCAGCGAUUACAGCGGCUACUGCAUCUGCCGCUACUGAAUGGCGUGGCCAUAUCUUAGGCUCGGAAUGGUGGCCCAGAGCAUUGCCAGCAAUCCCACAGGAGCUUCGUUUGCUGCCGCCACGUGAUCCAUGGUUCGAAUCAGAAGCCAAAUUGCCAGCACCGCGGCGGGAAUGGUGGCAAGCAGCAGCCUUUAAGCCCAAAAAGAAGCCACAGGCAGCAGCUCAGCCGCCAGUUCAGCUGGUGCACCCACGCAAGGCCGACUGCUGGCUGCCCUAUGGCUAUGUGCCACAACUUGCUGUAGCACCAACAGCAGCGCCGUCAUUUGCAACUAAAGUGAAAGUUGAACUUCCAGCAGCAGCAGCAGCAGCAAUGUCAACUUUACCGCUACAGCCAACCGGAAUGGGAACCGAAGCUGGUGGCAACAACAUCAGCUACAGCUUCACCAGCAGCAGUAGCAGCAGUAGCAUCGAUGCUCUAUCCGACUUUCCCUCAUUCGAGGAAUUUGCCAGCCAGGUGAGUGACUGCAGCUUAUCCAGCUCCGAGUAUAUGGCGACACUAAGAAAUCUGAUAAUGCGUGCGCACAACCUCAUGCUGCCGCUGCUGCGUGGUCGCUUCGCCAAAAUGUCGCAAGCACAGAUGGCGGCAUACACUACCGCCCUAUUGGGCGUGACGCCGUUGCAUCCGAGUCUCUUUCUGCCAACGCUUUCCACACAGAGCUCUGAUCGCCCUUGGCUAGACGUCCGUGCAGAUCAUUUGCCGCCGCCGAGUCAUCCGCCGCUGGAUCUACCGCGUACAAAGCAACGUCCGAUGCGCUUCGAUGUGGGCACACAGACCGAGUAUCAUUGUUGGUGCAUGCACAUUAGCAUGUAUCCGCCGCCGCCUCUGCCCCCGCACGUACCACCGCCUCCUUGUGGCGCACACUUUGCAGGGCCGCCGCCACCACCGCAGCCGAAUGGGCCCUGCCUGAUGGCUCCCUGUGCUAGCUUCUGGGGCAGACCGAUGGCAGUGCCUGUGCAUCCGCAUGCGCGUCCUCAUGCCUUCCCCCAUGCACCUCAAAUGCAGCGAGCGCCGACGCCAGCCUCGCACUAUGGCUAUCGUUUCAAUACCUACAGCUUGCCCUACAAUGGGCAGCAGCAGCAGCAGCAGUGCCCACGGGCCAUGCCUAGUCGAAUGACGGCGCCAGUUUUGGGCGAUGAUAGUCUUAGCCCCAUGCCAAUGCUAGCGAUUAAUCAGCUAGCAAUGAUGCCGCCCCCCGUCCCGUUCCCAAUUCCAGUGCCAGCGCCAUUGCCACAGCAGCAACACCAAAUAUCAAAGCAGCAACAAGAACCAAGCAGCGGUGGCAGCAGCAAUUCCUCCUACAGCAGCUCCUCUAGCUUAAGUUCUGAGCAGCUCGUAGCGCAAAGCUUGCUGCUGCCCCAGCUAGGCACUGACAGUUGCAGCGCCAAUUGCAGCGGCAAUAUCAAUAGCAGUGGCAGUGGCAUUGGCAACGGAAGUGGGGUCGACAGUCAAUUUUCCUGCUCGUCGAGCGGAAUGUCAGAUCAGUUGUCGGAUAGUAUGAUAAGUGUCUCUUCGGUGUUGCAAUCAAGCACGUCCAAUUUGCCUUCAAGCAGUUUGAGCUCCUCAGUGGACAACAAUGAUAACGAUAACGAUAACGACAAGGACAAUGAUAACGAUGCGCAAAGUGUGAGCGAUAAUGAUAUUCAAGGCCCAGAUAGGUCGACAGAGACCGAAAGUGAAAUUUUGGGUGACAACGAUGAGGAUAACGAUGACGAUAACGAUAACUGUAACGAUGUCAGAGAAGCUGUAGCUGUGCUCAAUGUGCCCUUUGACUAUGAACCGCCUGACAGCAACCACAGUAUCGAUAAGUCACAAAGCGCCUCUGGCAGCGGCAGCGGCAGCAGCAACAGCAACAGUGACACCAGCAACAGCAACAAUCUCAACGAGUCGAUGGAGCAAGAUCAAGCACCAAAAGAUGAAGUCGACGAAGCUGGUGAAAUUGAAAAAGAGCUAGGGCAAGAGCUAGAUGAAGAGGAUAAACAUCCUGGCAAGCAAUACAGCAGCUUGUUUAUGCAACCCACUGGUCCCAUGAUGCCCACCAUGCCACCCAUGCCGCUAAUGCGUUUAAUCGUCUCACAGAAUAGCAAUCGAGUCGAUCCCUCGCCCAUGAUGUACGAGAUUAACGACAAUGUCUUUGUCAAUCCCAAUGUAACGCCACACUUGGUCAACAACAUGGGCGUAAUGCCACCCAGUGGCACCCAAAUGAACCACAAUGGACCCAGCAUGACCAACGUGCCACCCAACAUUCAUUUCAUGCCAAACGAACUGCUGCCCGACGCUGCCCCAACGUUGCCAGCGCCAACUCCGCCUUUGUUAAAUACCUAUGGCAUGCACUAUCCAUCUGACUAUCAGCCGGCGGUCGCGCUGCCACUGUCAAUACAGCAAGGAGCAGCAGCACAGCCUCAAGUAGCACCUCCAGCACCUCCACCGCCGCCGCCGCCGCCGCCGCCGCCGCCACUGCCACCAACGCCACCGCCACAGCCACCAUCGCCCCAUUGGCAUGACGCAAGCUGCAAGGACUGCGCCUACACCAAUCAUGUCCUGCAGUUCGACGCCUCACACGCCCCGCAAUUGGAUAUGAGCAUGAACAUGAACAUGAAUAUGAAUCCCUACUCAUAUCACUUUACUGAGCAUAGUGCAAGUCAGGAGAAUAAUGCGGCCACCAACUAUGAAGGCGUCAAUAGACCACCCUCCCUCUAUAUACCUAAUCCACACUUUAGAUACUGAAAGUGCGCACCAAACUUUUAUUAGCUUUACAUAUUUUCAAGUUUUUUUUUUUCAUAUUCUUAUUUUCUUUUUUUAAAUUGUUUGUACCAAAUUUAGCUAAACAUUUGUUAUUCCUUGUUCAAUAUUUCAACAAAAUUGCGAAAACCAAAAAAUAUAGUAGGCUAUACGAAAUGUAUUCGAACAGUUUAGCAAGCCGAAAGACUGAGUAAGCACAGGAAGGUUAUGGAAUAUAUGGGAUCUAUACAUAAUCUCAGCUUUACCACAUGUACGGACUGGGGUAAAAGGAAUCUGGUUUUAGGUUUUUAUGCACAUGCACGUCAACAUUUAUGCGAAACGCGCAACGCGGAACGCGCAACGAAAGCCACUGCUACAUAUUAACUGUAAGCGCGCCAUGGAAUUCUCAAGUGGUUUAAGGCAUAGCUGGUGACCAGAACGUGGGUGGGGGCGUGAACACUGAACCCUGAACCCUUUGAACUCAAGCCGGUGUGUGCGUUGCAAUGUGAAAAGAGUCGAGACGCCUUCAAGCUGAAUUAAUCGGGCUAAUCUUUUACGCUGCUUGCAUUUUAAAGCGCCCUCUUUGUUUAAGCCGAGCAUAUCGCGUAUACGUGGCAGGGGCCGAGGCAGGGGCAGGGGCUUGCAUUUUGCAUGCAUGUGUGCAUUUUUUUUUAUUUCAAACACACAC